GGCGGCAUUAAGUUCCUCACACGCUGACAGCUAAGCUCAGAAUGUGGGAGUCCAAGGGAGCGGAGCUGGUGAGCGAUUAGGUACCUGAAGCAAUCUUGGGAGACACCAGGGGCAAAGCCGCAGGUGUCGCUCUCUUCUGUGGAGAGAUGUCACCGCGAGGAAAUGGACAAGCUCAGUAGAUGUCCACUAUCUCACUGUCUCAGGUCCGCUGGGCCCUGCUCUUGCCAGACCUUUCCUCUCAGCACAGGCAGUAGGAUCCAACAUCCUCGGGAUGAACCCCCAGCGGAUACCAAGUACACAGACGGUGUUCUACACCACAGUGGCGGACGUGGAGGAGGUGCGCACUGGACACCUAAUCAAAUCUCCUCCAGCUGGCCGUUUCAAGUCUUUGAAAUCCUGGAAGAAGCGUUUCUUUGUGCUGUUUAAAACCAUCUGGGGCACACAUCUGCUGAAGUAUUACCGGAGUGAGGACGAGCGGGAGAAAGCGCAGGGGGUCAUCGACCUCUCUAAGAUCUCAGUGAUUUACCCUGCCCCAGAGAAGCAAAAGAGGUGGGAGUGGAUCCACAAAACCUUCAAAUGCCCCCCCGACUGUGUGCUCUACAUCCACGCCAAUGACAGAGACUAUUACCUCAUCAGCGAGCUGAAGCUGGAGGUGGAUGGAUGGUUCAGUGACAUCUAUAAGGCACUAAGGAAUCUCUCUUCUAAAGACGACACGAGGAGCCGCUCUGCCUCUGCACCAAGCAUAGACAUGCUUCUCGCUGAGCAUCAGGCAUCUAACAAGACUGGAAACAGGCGACCCGCAUCCUGUCUAGAGCACAAGGCACAAGAGGAUGCCCGACACUCCCACUACGACACGCCCAAGAGUAUCCUGGAUAUCAUGGCUCAGGGAAAUGAAGAGGAUGAUGAUGAUGAUGAUGAUGAUGAAGCUGAGGAAGAAGAGAGUUUUUACACCAGAAUGGACAGAAUGUACGAAAUGCUGAAGGAUGAGGAGCACUUAUAUGAGAAUUUCCCAAUGAAGCAGGAGAGCCAAUCCCUGUCAUCUGUCACUGAGGAGACCAAGAGGAUGAAGAUAGUGGACCCGCAGGUCAACAAUGGUGGAUGGUCAGACAGCUUCACUGAAGAGAACAUCACAGAAGACAUAUCAGAUCCUGAGUCUCUAUCCAAAACUGAAAUAAAGCAGAGAGACCAGCCGUUAAAUCAGGAGGCCUGUGCAAAGUGGCAGGAACAGAUCGAUGGAGAUAAAAUCCCCAUAUGGAAAGAGAUUUCAGUGGACCUGAGUGACCUGAAGCACCAUCUGAAGCUGGAAGAUGCUGACGGGACACCCUGUGUCAGUGAGUGGAGCCCCCCCUUAGGGUCGACCUGCCUCUUCCACAAGGGUGACCAGAUCCUAGCCGUGAACGACAUGAAAACAGACUGUGUGGCUGACUUGCAAAUGUUUCUGGGCAAGCUUCUGAAGCAGAAGGUCACAGUGACCCUGCUCAGGUUCCCGGACUCCUUGGGCUUCCAGCCUGGCAGCUGCACCUGUAAGUGAGGCGAGGACUUGCCGUUCUGGCCCCUCCACACCACUGUGAGAUGGACUUCAGGGGGAGUCAGAGGUGAUUCCCAGAAAGGCAGGCAUGGCGGACGGAGGGCAUGUACAGGAACCACCUUCGUGUCAUUGUGGACAGAUAGUGGCACGAGACUGACUGUGUUCUACAGGCUGGUUUAAGCAGCUAUGAAAUUAUGACCAAAUGUGAAAAAAUAUAUAUAAAAAAAACAGGGAUGGGAAUCACCAGACCUCCCAAUAAGAUUAUCAUGAUACCUAGGUGCCGAUUUGAUAUGUAUUGCAUUUCUAUGAAUAUCUCGAUUUGAUACUAUGAUUUGUUUCCUUUUUUAGAAUUUUAAAACCUUGAACCGUGUAAAAUAAAUAAAUAAAAUUUAAAAAUCGUCA